AUGAUUGAUUCGGCAGAUAAAAUUGAAUAUUCCAAAGAAAAAACAUUAGCAUGCAAUGGAGGCAACAAAGAUUAUGAACAAGACGAAUCUUCAUUAAAAUAUAAAAAAACUUUAGAUAUGGAUACAAUAGAAAAUGACUUUUAUAAUUGUAUGGAAAAAGAGAGUAUUUGUGAUGAAAAAAAUAAAUUAGAACAAUUUAGUGUAAAUAAAACAUGUAAUGUUUUAAAAAAAAGUGUUUAUACUGAAAGUGGUAGCAAAGAUUCAUAUUAUUUUCAAAAUAUAAAAGAUAUUUCUAAAAAAAAUGAAGACAAGAAUUAUAAAGAAGUUGAUGAUAACGAUUUAUCUACAAAUGUUAAUAAUCUAUAUAAUAAAAAUAUAAUUGGCACAAAAUAUUAUGACCAAAGUAUAAAAGAUAGUAUUUCAGAUAAAAGUAGCAAAGAAACUGUUUGUCCUUUGGAAAGUGACAUUAAUAAUAAUAAUAAUAAUUCAACUAAUGUAAUAAAUUAUCAAAACUGUGAUCAAAAAAAUGCAUCAAGUAUAAGCAACAGUUGUAUAAAUAAAUAUAAGCAACUAAAUAGUGAUAAUAAUAAUAAUAUUGGAAAUUGCAAUGGCAAUAAUAAAAGUGUCUAUAAUGAAAAUAUAAAUCUAGAAAAAAGUGAAAUAAAAAAUAUAGAAAAAAAUAAAUCUUUUGAUUAUUGUAAUGAUUUACAUAAAAAUGAUCAAACUAGUAAAGAAUUAAAAUACUACGAAACUAAUCAUGAAAAGUUAGUGUAUUUAGAAAAAAAUAACUUAAUAGAUAAUAAUUGUAAUGAUAUAGAAUAUAUAAAUGAUACAACAGUCGAUUACAUUUCGUUAAAAAAUUUAUCUCAAUAUUCAUUAAAUGAAUCUUUAUUCAAAGAAAAUAAUUCAAAUGACAUAAGUAAUUGUAAUCAAUUUGAUCAUAUAAUAAAUGUAAAUAAUUCUAAUAGUAUUAGUAAUAAUGAUUUUUUCGAUAAUAGCCAUGUUAAAGAUUCAUCUUCAACAAAAUAUAGUAGCUUAAAAAAUAAUUCCCAAUUUUAUAAUAAAUUAACAAAUAAUGAAGACUCUGCUCCUUUUCACGAAAAAAAAAUGAAAGAAAAAAUCGAUAGCAAUCAUGCUAGUGGUAAUAGAAACACAUAUGAAAUAUACAAAAAUGAAAUAGGGGUGAGCAAAAAUUCAAAUGAUGUGGCCUUGAAUAAAUGUAUUAAUGUGCAAGGAAAGUUUGAUGAUAAUUGUGGAGAAAGAAACAAAUAUAUUGCAAAUGAUAACAAAUUAAAUCAAGAUAAAAUAAACAAUGACUAUAAGAAAUAUAUUGAUAAUAACAAAAGCAAUAUAUGUGAUGGCUCCAAAAAUAUGGGACACCAUGGAGAGUCAGACAAAUGGUAUAGUAAUAAAAUGAAUGAAAAUAACUAUAUAAUAGAGGAAAAUGAUUAUCAGAAUAACAAAAAUUUACAUACAAAUAAAGAAAUGAAUAUUUCUAAAAAGAAAAAUGAUACUACAUUAAAGAAAAGCGGGAUAUAUGAAUACAGAAAAUAUGAAAAAAAUAAAUGCUUAGAAGGAUAUUACCAUAAUGAACAUUCUGAAAUUAAUCUUAGAAAUGUGAAGUGUAAAAAUAGUUCCAGUGGUUAUAAUGAAAUAAUUAAUAAUAAUAAUCGAAACAAUAAUAUAAACUCUCAAUAUAUGAUACCUUCAUCUCAGAUAGGAUGUAACAAGAAUAAUAAGAAAAAGGAAAAUAUGGUAUAUUAUGAGCCUAGGAGAAAUAUAGACAAAAUGGGAGGUAGAGCAGAAGACAUGAACAGUCGAAUGGUAACUAAAAUAAAUGAAAAUAUAGAUUCUAAAGAAGCUAACGAAAAUGCGGUAUCAUAUAAAGAUGCACAUAGAUCAAAUAUAAACAGUAUUAUCAAUUGUAAUAAUAUGAAUCAAAAUUAUCAUAAUAAAUGCAAUAAUAAUUAUUAUAACCCUAUUACUGAAAAUGAUAUUAUACACAAUGAAAUAGAUUACAACAAUAUUCAAGGAAAAAAAUAUUAUUUAGCUUCUCCCAAAAAAAAUGAUGGAACAAAAUAUUCAAAAAAUCAAAUGCUAAUGAUAUCUAAACAAAAAAUAAAAAAAAUGUGGAAUAAAUUUAAAAAUGGGUCAAAGGAUCAAAAUAUAAGCUCCACAAUUGAAGAUGAAAAUAAUAUGUUUCCAAAUGCAGUAGAAGAUUGCAAUAUGCAACAAAAGGUUCAAAUAUAUAAUGAUCAUUACGAAACAAACAAUGAUAAUCAUAGUAAUGGAUAUAAAGAUUGUGUUAAUAAACCUAUUAAAUGGGUAAAAAAUAAUAAUAUAGAAAAACCAAUACAAUCCAAAUGUAUAUUCAAUUGGAAAAUAGCUCAAAUGUCGCUAUUAAAGCUGUUACAUAGUGCCCAUAAUUUUCAUUUUAAUAAUGUAAAGUAUCAUGAUUGGAAAUUUAUAUGUAUACCAACACUUGGAUUUUCAAAAUCAAGUAAUAGAGUUCAACAAAUGUAUAAAGCAAUUAUUCCAUCAAAAGAUGGAAAUAGUAAAAAUGAUGUAAAACUAUUUAUUAAAAAAAUACCUAUAUAUAUAUGGGUUAAACAAUUUAAUUUAAUGACAGAAUUUGAUGGGGAGUAUGUAACAGAUGGGGAAAAUUUUGUUAUGGAAGCUGCUUCGUUAGCAUUUUUAAGUGAAUACCAUCCUCGUAUUGCUCCAAAGUUACAUAAAAUAUUAUAUGAAGUUGAUAAUACUAACUUAGAUGGUUCUAAUAAUAAUAUUCCCCCUGAAUCGAUGUUUAGUAAUUUAACUGUAUUUAAUAAUGUAUUAGAGGAAAGAUUAAAAAAUAAUAUCAAUGGGAAUAUUGUUCUUGUUUCAGAAUUUUUCAGUGAAGAUAUUCUUGAUUUUAUUGAUAGAAGACAAAAAAAUUUUAAUAUGAAAAUUAGUAAUAAUGAAAAAAGUUAUAUUCUUUAUCAAUGUUUGAAAUUGUUAAUAAGAUUACAUGAUGCAGGUUUAUCACAUUUAGACCUAACUCCAGAAAAUAUAUUAAUAUCAGAUAAUUAUGAAAUGCGUUUGUGUGAUUUAUCAAAAAGUACACCUAUAUAUACAUAUAAUUUAAGGCAUAUAAAAGAUGUCAAUCGUUUAUAUUUAUUUGAAUCAUGUGAACCAACUAUUGCAAAAGGAGCAUAUAUGCCUCCUGAGUGUUGGAAAAUUUAUUGGAAAUAUGAUACUAUGAAAAUUAAAAAUCCAUUAAGGGAUUUAAAAUCUAUAACAGACCAAGAAAAAAGAAAACAAUUUUAUUUUGACGUUGCAAAUGCUGAUAAGUUUAUGCUUGGUGUUUUUUUCUUUUGGAUAUGGACUAAUGGGAAUUUAUGGAAAUGUUCCGAUCCGUUACAAGAUGAAGACUUUUUCUACUUUGUAAAAUGUGAUAUGAAUUUUGAUAAAUUCGAGUUAACUAGAAAAUGGCCAAGCGAACUUAAAAGCAUUAUUAAGGGAUUAUUGCACGCCGAAACGCGAAAAAAGUUGAACUUAAAGGACAUGAUUAUGCACCCUUGGUGGUCAUGCAAAUUAUAA